GGAAAUUGUUCACAUUUCUGAUUUUGAAACAAAUUAUAAUAUAAUUUGCAGUGUUUUUUCUAUACUAGACUGUUUAUUAUUUGGCUGACUUAUCAGCUCAUAAGAUUGUGACACUAAGUAUUUGGCGUAUCCACAAAUUAACAAUUAACGACUUUACUCACAUUUCAAGUUCCAACUGGUCAUGUUUCGUUUGUUUAUGCUGUUGGCAAAAUAACAACUGAUACUCCUUGAAAGUGCAUGGAUCAAAAGUGAAAACUUCACCAUGGAAGACUUUGAGAGCAUUAAGCCAAGCAGUUCGGUGGUUAAACUAGCUACUUGCCUGGAGAAAAUAUACAGCAAAAUUGUGGAGAGCCGGGAGAAGCAAGUGCCCGAACAUCAAAUAAAGGAAAUCGAGUUCCUUAAGCAGCAAUGCAAACACGAGCACAUGCAAUUGAGUCUGAUGAGCUGUCAGACUUUGGUACGCCUUGUAGAGGAGGGAGUCCUGGAGGCCACUAACAUGCAGAACACACUCCUAUCCCUGCUGGCCAAUGCGAGCCCCAUCCACUUUGCUGUUAUAACUGAGAGCAUACUUAACUUGCAAUUACUUAGUCUGAAGCGAAAAACCACUCUAUUGAAGGAGCAAGAAACUUACUUAUGUCCCUACGGCAUGAAGACGCAGCAACAUCCUAUAAUAUCACUUUUGCAACAUUCGAGCGCCAAUAUGCACGAUGUGAGCAACAAGAUUAUUGGAAUCUGCUUGCACCAUGACAAAAGUAUUCGCGAUUUUAGCAUUGAGUAUCUGCGUCCCGUGUUCCUUUAUGUACUGUGUAAUCCCAAGACUUUGCCUGAUGUCAAGCCAAUUUGGACUUGCCUGCUUGGCUUGAGUCGCAAUCAGCCUGAAGCCAGGGAUCUCAUGCAGGAGCUGUUGUCGUGGAGUAAAUUUAACAACUCCGGCACUUGUCUCUCCACCAGCAUAUUGGUGAUUGAGGCCACCGACUACUUUUUGCAACAGUCCGAUCAUGCUCAGUCCAUUGAUCUUUGCAUAUACCAGGCCUGCAUUAUCAAGCAACUGGCCAUCUACGGCAUAGAUCCACGACCCAGUUUGCAGUGUGUGUUAAGGGUAUUGCAUGCCACGCGUGAGCACACUCAGAACCAUUAUCAUGUGCUUCUGGUUCUAAUGGCCGAGACCCUGCACUUGUUGUCUCCCUUCUAUCUGGCUGAUCUGUUACGGAUCAUAGUCUUUAUAGUGGUACAGGAACAGUGUGGCCACGAGUACAUUUUAAACAUGUGUCUGGACGGUAUUAUUCAGUGGAUGUCCCAGACUACGUUUAUCCCCGCCGAGGGUCUGGUAUUGGCGAAGCAGAUAGUGGACCGAGUGCUCGAUCAACAGGAAAAGAAAAUGACAGAGAACACGAUUUCCACUAAACAAUUGCAGCCCGCUCAUAUACGAAACUAUCAUCCGGAUAUCGCCAUAGCGUUUGACUUGUCUGUACUGGUUGAGUCGUUUGAUAGCUCCGAGAAUAAGGAUGUCUUUGCCUUCGUCGAUGCCUUGAACGUAAAGGCUAACACUGCCUUCUGCCAGCGCCUGCAUUUAUUCCUGCGUUCCAUGUUUUUGUCGCGUGAACCAGCCUUGGAUUGCUGGUUCAAAAUUUACGAAGUUAUACUCCAGAUAAUCAAGGUGAAUGAAGGCAUAGCCUACGAUUUCCUUAUGACCUACAUUUUUAAACUGGCUCACGAAAAGAAUCCAGAGCUGCAGUUGGAACUGCUGCGAGGCCUAGCCAGCUUUGCUGUAUCUAAGGAUAAUGUGCCCAUGAUUUUAAAUACUAUUCGCAAUUUAGCCACCGAAAACGCCACCUUAUGUAUUGACUUGUAUCUUCGCUUGUGGCGCGUGGAGGCGCGCACUUACCCCUUCUUGCUGAAACAGAUUGCUCAACCUCAACAGGAGAUCAGCAAACACUGGGAGCUGCAAAUAGCACGCACUUAUGCCAUGCGAGAAAUCUGCCAGGAGAAACCCGCCUUGCAUGGCUCUGAAAUCCUGCCACAUCUAAGCAACAUCCUUAGCAGCUGCGCAGAUGAGGAAGGCGACUUGGCUACCUCCAUGGCUUUGGAUGCAAUCUAUGUCCUCUGUGAUAGCCACACAGUCAAUAUUGCUUCUACCUGGCAAGCGUUGGGCAGUAAAUUUCGCAAUGAGCAACGAACCCAGACUCUUAGAUCGCUGUAUAGAUUUUUUGGUUUGGUUCCCCUGCUGCAGACUCCUACGCUGGAGUAUGAGAAAUUGGCAGACGAUGCCCUGGAACACCUAUGGCAGGCCAUUAGUCGACCUGGAUUUGACUCCGCCCAAGUGCGCAAUGCACUAUCCGCCCUCAAGAGCUACGAGCCCGGCUCCACACUUAAUCUACGCCACAUUCCAGCCCACUUUCGAUUCGAAAUCGUAGGUGGUGCAGUAAACAGUGGUGGUCGUGAUGUAAUCGAUCUGCAACAGGAAGCUGUGCCUGGCGAAGUGUGGGUACAAUUACUACAAAAAAUUCGACCGGAGUGUGGAGAUGCAGCUGCAGAUCUCAUUGCCCACUACAUUGCAAAUGAGAUUAGUUUUUUCCGGAGGGAGCUGUAUCGACUACCUGAAGGCAAACCAGAGCCACGUAAAUUGGUUGGUUUAGGUGCCAACAGCCCAUUGCGUGCAGUCAGCAACUACCUAGUGAGUCAAGCCCGUUUUGGCGACUAUGUUCCAGAACCCUACGCUGUGACAUUCGCCCUCAGAGCAUUGUCCAAGAAGUUCGUUAAGCCCAUUCCGCCGCUGGACUGGAGUUGCCUAACCAGUUUCUUUCAUUUGUCUUUUGACGCGAGGAAGUUCUGCAUUAUGAUAGCUAAAAACCAAGCACAGCAUUCUGGCACAGCUCGAAGACUGUUGGAAAACUUCCUGAUUGACUUCGAACCGAAUUGUUUUGAGGAGGAUCUUCUGUUGCUCUUCUCGCUGCUGCCGGAAAUAGCCAACAGUGUGAGCCUACAAAUUUUAAAGGGGUUCGCCGAGAAAGUUGCUGUCUAUUGCUUUAAGGAAUCUCAGCUAAAUGAUUUUAACGAAGGUUGUCUUUUUGAGAAAUUCCUCGAGAGCGUAAAGCAUAUAUUUACUGAGAAAUGCGAGAUUCCUGAAGUCCUUGACGUUUUCACACUCAUCGUGGAGCGUUAUAUGGACUCAAUGAAUUUAGACUCGCGACUUUUUGAACGCUACACUGAGGUAGUUGCCGUUUUGCAUCCCAAUGCCAUUAAUGGCUUAACCACGCCCGCCAACUGGUGGGAAACUCCAAUGGGAAAGUUAAAGAAAGCCACGAUCAUACGCUGUUACUUGGUGUUAUUCAACGAAAAAUUGGCAAAUCCCCUUAAAUGGUUAACACCCAUUAUUGAUGCAUAUGAACGACGGCCGGAAGAGCGCGGAUUCUUCUAUCGGCAUCUGGCCUCCACUUUGUAUGCCUUUGGAAGUGAUGAAAAUGCCUGCAAUUGGAUAAUGGAAAUAUUUCUCGAGAUUCAAAUGCUUCUGGCUGAGGCUUCAAGUAACAAGGAGAAAUUAACUAGAGCUCUGUACCUGCUGGACAUAUUUAUACUGUCUGUAGAUGUCCUCUCUGGUUGUGCAGUGCUUCUGGGCAGCGUGGAUGUGGUGGCCACUGAUGACAAAGAGCGGCUUCUGCUUUUUCCCGAAAGUCUUCAGUUUCUGUGUGAUCACAUAUUUUGGAAAGAUCAGGAAGCUAGAAUCUACGAAUUUCUCUAUAGUCUCUAUAAACAUUCUUCGAUUCCACCAAACUACACAACAAUUUUAAAGGACUCCAUAAUCUGUUCACGUAACAAAUCUUAUUUUGACCAGAAGGGUGUUUGGACCAAAUACGUUGGUUUACGUAAAUAAUGCCAACUGUCCAAUUUGAACCACUAGUGCACUUACACGCAUAGCUAACACGCAUAUCCAUAUACAUAUUUUAUUGAAACUAAAGAAAUAUACAAUUUUACGCACAAUUUAUAAAGUUCUUAAA